GUCGGUGUUAGGCUUAGUAAUGUUGAAUGUUGAUACUUGAUCAUAACGCAGCGCAUAACUGUGUUCUUAUUUCUUUGUUGUUGUGUUAUCAGUAUUCUUAUUUUAUUUAGUUAAUUUACUCUCUGUCGUGUUGAUUAUGUGGGUAGACACGAAUAAAAACAGUUUAGAAUAUAAUUUGGCUCAAUUGAUUUUAUUUUAAUUAGUUUUGACUUGUUCAAACGGCUCGGUUAUCCUUGAACUUGGUUUCAAACAGAACGUGACCUCUCACUAGUUUCAUAACUGUUCAUCAUAAUCUUCAAACCUUGAAUGGAAAAGACAACAUGACAAAUUAAUUGUUCUACCUUUAUGCGAAAAAAUGUUGUCACUAGUCAAAAUAAUUGUUUAAAAAAAUCAAACAUGGUUUAGCGAAAUAUUAGGUUGUGGAUUGUUUCUCUUCGACUGCAGAAAUGGUUUACAAGAAAGGCUGGGUUCCCAUAAACUCUGUACCGACUAUGGUAAGGACAUGGGGAGGAUGGAUAGACGAAGAGAUAAAAACUAAGGAAGUCCUUCUGCUAAUCACUGGGAACCCUGGUAUUUCGGAUUUUUACAUGAAGUUCUUGUCAAUGCUCCAUUUCAUUUUACAAAUCCCAGUAUGGAUUGUUUGUCAUGCAGGGCACCAAUUACCGCCUGAUGAUUGCGGUCUUAAGAUGCCGCCUCUUAAAAAGAAUACAAAUCUUUACACGCUCCAGGGUCAGGUCGAUCAUAAGAAAUGGUUCAUAAAUAAAUAUAUUCCUAAAGAUAAAAAUAUCUACUUAAUCGGCCAUUCUGUUGGAGGAAAAGUCGUGGUGGAAUUGUUAAAAGAUGAACAGAUAAAUGAACAAAUAACACAGGCUCACUUGUUGUUCCCCACGCUUGAGCAUUUUGACGAUACGCAUAAUGCAUGGCUUUUAAAAAAUGUCACACUUCGCAUACUAUUUAUUCUUAAUUUUGUUAGUUGGCUUCUGUACAAAUUGCCCUACCAUAUUCGCUUCUGCCUUGUUAGGACAGUGUAUUUCUUACGACUUAAUUUCUCAAUGCCGACGUGUGCUAUACAUGGUAUCGUAAAACUAAUUUCUCCCCAAGUUAUAAAACAAGCCAUCUUCCUUGCUCAUGACGAAAUGCUUAGGAUUAAAGAUCUCGACCAUGAUGUUUAUGAAACUAACAAAAACAAAAUCUGGAUUUACUAUGGCCAGAAAGACGGAUGGACAGAGCCGCACCAUUUUGAAAAUAUGAGGCUGCAUCAUCCGGAAGUCAAUGCGCAGAUGCUAGAUAGUAAAUUUGCUCACAUAUUUACAUUCCAGACAAAUUACGAGAUGGCAGAAGUUCUCUGUAGAGUGAUUAAAUCAAACUCAUAAGCAUGGAGAUUAAAUGAAACUUUUAAGCAUGCCAAAAGACCAAAGCUCAACAUCUGCAGUCGUAGGUGAAGAAACAUUUCAGUUUGACUCUUCUUCUGAAAGAAGGACAGCGUGUAAUCUACAAUUAAAUUCAGUUUAAUACUCAGCUAAAAGAAGUUUCCGAAGUACCAAAUGUAUUAUAUGGAAAAAAAAUUGCCUAAUCAUUCUUUAAUUUCCUUUUUUGAAAUACUGUGAAUUCAUAAAUAUUCAUGUAUAUGCCAACAGUUUUACAAACCUUUUUGUGAUGUAUUAUAUCAAUGUAUUAUUUAUUUUAUUUAUAUUGUACCUGCAUCCUAUUAAAACAUAAAAUGCCCUUUCACACUUA